AUGGCUACCCGGACCCCCGAGGACAUCCACAGCCCUGAUGUGGCCCUCAAACUUCGUUCCUACCUCCAGACCCUGCUGGAUUUCCUGCGCCAGGCCGAAGCGUUCUUCCGUACCCAGAUCGACUUUUCCUUCUUCGCACAUUCCGUUCCCCGGUUUGUGGAACGAAUUUAUGGGUAUUUCUUCUCCCCGCAAGGGCACCUGGACGCUCAAGAUUCCCUGGUGAGCGAGACCCAUCGAAGAGAGAAACGCGGCUUGGACAUGGAUCCCAUGGAAGAAAAGGAGAAUCAACUGCCCAGUGCCCUGGUUGUGGAUUCCAGCUGCCUAGGAGUGAAUGAAUCUGCCCAGCGGCUCCAUUCGGUGCGGGAGAGCUACCGAUGGAUUCUGCAAGUGCCUCAGCGGGACCUCACCAUGAGCUUCCAGAAGAUCCUGGUGGACUUGGCCUCCAAGAACGCCAAGGGCCUCUACCGAGCUCAUAUCCAAGCCAUCGUUGCACAGAAGGCCACCCGCUUCUCAGGUCUGGUGGGCCUGGAACAGGAUUCUCUCUACAGGAGCAUGCCUGAAAUUAUUGCUCUCGCCUUGGGGACUCUGAAGGAUUAA